AUGGCACCAGAUCAGUCAGAAGUGAUCACCCAGAUUCUAGAGAACAAAAGUUCCCCGAAAGCGAUAAUUGCUGGUCAAACGAGACAGCCUAACUACGCUCCAUGGUGUCCCGCUUGUCGUCAGUUCGGUCCAAUUUGGGAAGAUUUCUCCCGUACACCAAACAUGGGCGUUCAGAUUGCCGCAAUUGACGUUACAGAAAGCCCUGUACUGAGCUUUUUAUUUUUCAUUAAUCGUUUACCGACCAUUUUCCAUGCCAAGAAUGGCGUGUAUCGACAAUACGAUGGUUCCAGAACUCUCGACGAUCUAAAGACUUACGUUUUUGAAAACGGUUACACAACUGUCACCCCAGUCCCAUGGUAUUUUUCACCGUCUUCCAGGCACAUGCAGUUCUUCUGUCAUUUUAUGGAUCUGGGAUUAGCGAUCACACAAACACAUCAAGCCCUUGUGGAUGCCGGUUAUCCGUUCUAUCUUUCACUCAUUAUGAUCGCUGUGGGUACCGUUUGCGUCGGUCUAAUUUUGGGUGUGAACGUGGAUGAGGAUGUGGAUGACGAUAAAUCACAACAGCAAACAGUCGAUGCAACUGGUGAACAUGAGGACGAGGCUACAGUUCGCCAUCGGACUGCGGACCAUGACGUUUUGGAGUAA